UUUUAUACAUAAUUAAUAAAUAACUUAAACAUUUAAUUUUUGCUUUAGAUCAUAAACUAUUAUCAUUUAAUAGUUUUCAUUAUCACUAUAGUAUACACAACAAAUUCGAUAAAAAAUCAACUCUAAAAUCAAAUUGAAUUUAGAAGUCUCUCCUAUUUAGCAACUAAUUAACUAACUUAAAGCUUAUAGCAUCUAAGUCUCAUCUUUAGAAUCAUGGAAGAGGAAAUCUAUCAGCAACAAGAUGCGAUUAAAAUGGAAUAUAGGCCAAAAGAUUCAUACUUAAUUCUAAAAGGUUAUGAUUUACAUUAUAAUUUUAGCAAUGGAAAUGUAAGCAGUACAGAAACAAUAGUAAAUAAUGCUGGAAUCAACUACAACUCUUUAUUAUAAAAUAAGGCUAAUUUUAUCAGUUAGGGGUAAUUAAAUCAGAGAAAUUUAGCCCAGGAUAGCUCUAUCAAGCCAUAAUAUAGCUUAUAAGAUGAUUUGAUGCAAUAUUUAUGUCUUGAAGGGUAAAAAAAGUAAACAAAUGGCUCGCAAACAAUUGAUUCUCAAUAUUUAAAUUUAAUGAAGCAAGAAUUGAAAAAAAGAAAUGAUAAUUAAAAAAAUUAUUAGUAAUCCUAUGAUCAAUAAGACUUAAAUUUAUAGGGAAUGACACCUAUGCAAUUUGCUGUAGAAUAAUAAUAGCAAUAGCAAAUGAAUAACAAAUCUAUCAUUGAGGAUUAAACAAAAAUAAAUUAUUAUAAAAAAAUGUAGGAGUUAAGUUAAUGUAAAGAGGAAUAAAUUUAAAAAUUGUAAGCUGAUUUUUAAAAUAAUUAAAGUGCUUGGGAUGAAGAGUGUAAAAACAGAGAUGAUAAACCAUCUUUAAAUGACUAUCACCUUAUCCACUAGUAACAAUAACAAAGUCUCUAGCAGCAGUAAAAUCUGUUAUGUAACUCAAUAAAUUAUUUUAACACUGCAAUAGAAGACAUCAAAUAAAAUAAUGACAUUGUUAUGCAUUAUAAUAAGAGCAAUCAAAAUGUUUAUUAAACUUAAAAAGAAGAAGAAAAUUUACCUGCCAUCAUCUAAGUAUAACAAAAAAAUUUCAUGGAAGCUAACAAAAGUAUUAAUGAUGCUAAUCAAUUAAGUGCUCUUAAAUAAAUUAAUGAAUAAAGAACUAUUCCAUAUUAAUAUCAGCUAAAUCAAGUAAAUUAAACACAAAAUUUUAAUAACGAAGAUGUUAAUUUUAUGGAUGAAGAACAAGGAAUUGCUCACAGUUAAAAAGAAAUAUACUAAUUUAAAGAAUAAAAUAAUUAAAUUUAGUUAGAAAAACAAGAUUUUCAGUAGAUUACUCAUAAAAUCAACAAAUAGAAAUAAAAAAGAAAGUUGAAAAACUUAGAUUUUGAUGAAGAUUCAUAAAUGUAAGAAGAGUAAAAUAUUGGCAAUAAUAUAAGUAAAAACACUGUCAAUGGAGAAGAAGUAGAACGUAAUAAUAUGAAUAGCAAUGAUUAUAAUUGUGAAAAAGAGUAAAAUGAGAAUGAAGAUAAUUAAUUAGGAACAUUAUCAUUUGAAGAAUUUGCAUUUUCUGAGAAUGCUUUUAAAUUAGAUGAAUUAUAGGAAGAAAACAGAUUGUAAAUUAAAUAUAGAAUUCAUCCUACUCUCAAACCUGUUGAGGCGUUUUUGAUAAAUGGGGAAAUCAUAGUGAGCUUUGAUUUAUUUUAUUAAAGAAAAAACUAAGAACAUGAUAAAGUUUCUUUGUGGAAUAUGUUCCGUCCUAUAAAUACAAUUACUGUAAAGAGGACUCUUGUUGAGGUUAGUAUGCAUAAAAGUUAGAAUACUCUAACUAAUUUCUAACCCUUGAUAUAGCGCUUAAUAGAUAUGCAUGACUAGCAAGCUUAUGCUUCAGCACAAAUGCUUUAAUAACAUUAUGUGAGUUUAUAAAGGGAAUAAAUGAUCAAGUAGUAAGUAUUUGAUGUCUAUGGAUCACACAUUACUCAGCUACAGUGGUAGUUUGAGGAAAAUUUCCAUAAGUCAAAGCAAAUGGCUUAUGAAAUGAUGGAUCAGUUACCUGAAGAUGCAUUCUUCUUAUAUAGUAUUAGAAGAACAGACCCAGUUAGCUUAGAUAGUAUUUUUUGUGCAUUGGGUUAUUCUAAAGGAUUAAUAAGAUUGAUUGCGGGAAACGAAUCAAAUUACUAAUAAUUCUGCUUUAGGUCAGGACUUGCUGAAAUCUUUAAUGCCUAAAGCAGAUUAUAAAUAUUAUUGAUGAAUUUAUUGUUUAGCAAUAAAGUUCAUAUUUCAAUAACUACUUUGGAUGACAUAACCAUCCCUAUUGAAAUGAGAGUUCAUUACUAGAAACUAAUGCAAACAGAGAUCCUUCCUGGAGUGUUUAAAGAAGACUAUAUGAAAAUAUAUUAAAUACUUGUUGACUAAAAAUAUCUUGACGAAGUCUACUAAAUAAGAGGUUUCUCUGCUACUGGAAGUGGAACUGUUGGAAAUGAAGCGAGAAUAAUCUAACCAGAUUACACUUACCAAAUGCAGUCCCACCGUUUUAUUGAAAAAUUUUAUUCUGAGGCAUUAAAAGAAAAGAAAAACGCAAUAAAGAAAGCUUCUGAAAUAGAUCAAAGAAACUUUACUGCAGAGUUCCAAAGAAUUUUUGGAAAAUAAAAUGAGGGAUAAAACUUUUUACACAAUGUAUUUAAUACAACAAUUAAAUAAAGCCAAAAUCAAUCAAGCUAAUUUACUAGCAGCGAGAAUAAUUCUCUAGGAUAAUCAUAAUCCCAGCAUUCAAUACAAUAAAAUAAAAUUUCUAACUAAAGUCAAGUGCAUUCAAGCAGUAAUAUUUUAAACUAAAGCUAAGAAAUCAGAUAAAAAUAAGAAAGUUCUCACAGCUGCAGCCUAGCAAAUUCCUUAUCAUCAUCACAUAUUUCUUCUACUUCUAAAAAAUCUAAUAGUAAUAGUAACAAAAGCAAUAAUAACAACAGCAACAAUAACUAAAUAAGUAAAGAUUCUAAGUAAUAAAAAAGCACUACAAAAGAUGAAGAUAUAAGAAGCAGAAAUUCCUCUUCGCAUACAUUGAGCUAGUCAUCAUAGGCACCAAUUAAAGAAGUAGCACAACCUAAUUUAAUUCAUUCUUGA